AUAAGAGGCACCACAGGUAAUUUGCCAAAGAUGAGCUUCACCUGCUUUGACUCUGCUCAGAGCUCCUUCAGACAUCUGACAGACAGUCUGAGAGUUUCAGUGUUACCUGUUGUGGUUAUCGUCUUGUGGACAGGAUGUCUCGUACGCCGCCUACUUACGCUGAUUUCUUCUACCAGCCUCUGACAGAAGAUGUGGAGGAACUCCUGGCUCAUUUCCAGCAGACCGACUCCAUCAGGUACGAUGUGUUUUCAGCCAUCUGGAGGGAGAUGGGCUUCUCUGAUGUCUUCACAGGGAUCAUCAGUAUAGCUGAGAUGAAGAGAUUCUGCAGAUUGGCACUGGCCACAGCCGUGAAGUACUUCCUGCCUCCGUACAGCUACCAGAUCCGAGUUGGAGGCCUGUAUCUGAUGUUUGGUUUGUACCACACACAACUUGCUGCUCCGCCUGUGAAGAUUAGACUCGCUCUGAAGGACUGGGCUGUGAUUCAAAAGUUUGUGAAGGACUCUGUGGACUCUGGGCAUCAGGACAUCGUUUACAUCUAUGAAAAGCUUGUUGCAACCAAAGCCAUACACUACACCGCCAUGCCACAUUUCCUCAGCUUCCACAAGCACAGGAAGCCGAAGAAGCAGCCUGUGUGUGCAGAGUUUCUCGGGAGGUGCACAGCCAUCCAGGAGCUCCUCUCAGCAGACAUCCUGGAGGAGCUGACCAACAUCCAGAGCCAGUAUGAGAAGAUGAAGGAGGCCACAGCAGAGGUCAGCUGCAAGGCCACCAUGACCCAUCGAGGGUUUGCCGCCAGCCUGAAAGACUCCAUGACUGAGUUCAUCAUGUGGCAGCAUAAGACUUUCAAAAAAGCUAAAAAACACAAGAAGUCUAGUGAUGAUGAUGGUGAGGAGGAGGAAGAAGAUGAAGAGGAGGAGGAGGAAGAGGAGGAGAAGCCAACUGAGUCCAGCCGCAGCAGAGCCAGACUCCUGUCCUCCAUCAAGCAGAAGAGCUACAGCAACUUCCAGGAGCCGUCCAAGUCCAGGAGGCACCGACAGGCCGAGACAGUGGAGUCCUGCAGCUCAGGGGCCGAGCUAGUCCAGGAGACUGCAGGUCGGCGGCGAAAGAAGGUUCCCUCUCUGCGGGCUCGGACCUGGAUGAGUCUUGGGGUGCCGCAGGAGGAGAGCCAGCUCCAGGCCUGGCUCCUGAGUGCUCCUGAGCAGCAGGAGAGGGUCCCAGUGAAGAGGACCAACCAGACUGCACCUUUCAAACCAUGAUGGGAGGACGGAGGACUUUUAGCUAAAGAAGUUCUGUCCUGUUGUUUUUGUUCUUCAGGUUAAAGUUUAUUCAUUUAGAAAAACAUUUGGAUUUUAGUUGAUUUUCAUUCAUUAUGCACUUGUUGUUUAACUGGAAUCAUGUAAUCUGUUAAUAAAUAUAGUGAAUAAUUGCCUCA